AUGAAAUUAUACGACAUUAUAGAAAUCAUUAAACUUACUGAGUAGAGAGGACAGGAGCUAUUAAUAGAUGCUUUGGUAAUGGGGAUUGAAAUAGGAAGAGGAAAUAUUUCUGAUUUUAAUGACCUCAAGAGUGUUGUAGAAUAAUUAAAGAAUCUAAAACAGAAAAUCGAUAAUAGCCUAUUCAGUCCCUUCAUUAGAGAUGAUAUUUAUGAUAGGAUAAUUAACGAAAAAGAAAAUGUAAUUAUUUAAAUAAUUCUGAGUUGGCUGAUGUUUUAUAAAGUUUCUAAAACUCUUUGAGAAGAAUAUCAUAAUAAAAUAUAUAAAAUGGAGUUUGCUAAGUUUGUAAUAAGUACGUGCAUGGACAGGAUAAAAUGAAAACAAUCUAGUGGGAAUGCAACCAUUUAUUUCAUUAGUAAUGUGUCUUGCCAAAUUUAAUUAUUCAAAAUCAAACAUCUCCAAAAUAUCAAUGUCCAAUAUGUGAAAACUAAACACCUAAAGAUGAGAUAAUGAACCAAUUACAAAAUAAUAAAUAAUAAGUGGUUUCUUGUUGUCCAACACCAGCAUGCAGAAAAAAAUUUGUAUUUUAAGGAUAAGAAAUUUAUAGAUGCUAAAAUUGCAAAAAGAAAUACUGUCUUCGAUGUUUUUCUUAAAGCCAUGGAAUUAAUAAAUGUCAAACAAGUGAUAAUAUUGAAUUUAAAAAUGGUGAUAAUUAUAAGGAAUGUCCAAAUUGUAAAAAAUGGAUAAAAACAUCAUAAGUUGAUAGUACUAUUUAAUGUUAUAAAUGUAAUAAAACUGUUUGUUUAGGAUGUAAUGAUUCAAAAUGCAGUUCUUGUUGCUAAAAAAAAGAAAAGUUUUUUUCCUCUUUUUUAAGUAAAUUUUCGACUAAAUAAUAAUGA